AUGGACGCCGGCGAGGCCCAAACGAAGCUGAUCGCCUGGCUGCACGAGGCCUCCGAGGCCUUUCAAAAAGUCCCUGGAUCAGCCGUUCUAAUUCGCUACAUCCAAUCGAGCUACCAGAACGAUCCCAUUCGCUCCGGCAUCGAGCUAGUUCUCUUCAUAUUCUUCGUCCGCUAUCUCUUGUCGCCCUCCUAUUCAACCCAGAAGCAGAAUUUCAUCAAACUCCGCGAUGAUGAAAUCGACGAGUUGGUAGAAGACUGGACCCCGGAGCCGCUUGUGGCUCCUCAAACAGCUCUUGAGGAGAUCGAGGCCGAGAGGUUGCCUGUGAUUGUUGGACCGACCGGCCCCAAGACCAAGCUCGCAAACGGACGCACCGUCACGAACCUCGCUUCAUACAACUUCUAUAACUUCAAUGCCAACGAACAGAUCAAGGACAAGGCCAUCCAGACGCUGCGCACCUACGGCGUGGGCCCAUGCGGUCCUCCCCAAUUCUACGGCACUCAGGACGUGCACAUGAAGACCGAAGCAGACAUCGCCGCCUAUCUUGGUACUGAAGCCUGCAUUGUUUAUGCCCAAGCCUUUUCUACUAUCUCGAGUGUCAUCCCCGCCUUCUGCAAGCGCGGAGAUAUCAUUGUCGCUGACCGCGCUGUCAACUACUCCAUUCGCAAGGGUAUGGAGGCGUCCCGAAGCACCAUCAAGUGGUACAACCAUGGUGAUAUGGACGACCUUGAACGUGUCAUCCGGAAAGUGGUUAAGGACCAGAAGGGCAAGAAGUUGACGAGAAGGUUCAUUGUCUCUGAAGGCCUAUUUGAGAUCACGGGAGACAGCGCGGACCUGCCCAGACUCGUUGAACUGAAGCACAAGUACAAAUUCCGCAUCAUCCUCGAUGAGACUUGGUCUUUUGGCGUCCUCGGUCGAACUGGCCGGGGCCUUACGGAAGCGCAAAACGUCGACCCCUCCCAGGUAGACAUGAUUGCUGGCUCUCUCGCCGGCCCUCUCUGCGCUGGAGGCGGCUUCUGCGCCGGUGCCAAGGAUGUUGUUGAGCACCAACGUCUCACGGCAGCUUCUUACACCUUCUCGGCUGCUUUGCCAGCCAUGCUUGCGGUCACCGCCAGUGAGACUCUCAGCGUUUUGCAAUCUAACCCGGACAUCCUUACGCAGUGCCGUGAGAACACCAAGGCCAUGAGGGCACAGCUGGAUCCUCGCAGUGACUGGGUCGUCUGCACCAGCUCGCCCGAGAAUCCCAUCAUGCUGCUGGUGCUUAAGGCCGAGGUCGUCGCUGCGCGCAAGCUUACACGAGAGGACCAAGAAAGGCUACUACAAGACUGCGUUGAUGAGGUAAGCAAGCCAUUGACAUAUGAGAUUCCAGAAGAAGACGGUGCUAACCGUGGUUUGCCCAUCAAGGCCCUUGCAAACGGGGUUCUCAUUACGCGCCUCAAGAGCAUGCCCAUUGCCAACGACCUGAACCCGAAGGAUGACAGCUGGCAGAUCCAGCCAGCGCUCAAGGUUUGCUUGACCACCGGCUUGCCCAGGAAGGACAUUGAGAAAGCAGGUGUCACGAUCCGACACGCUAUCACAAAGGUCAUGACCCGGAAGUCGAGCUCCAAGUCAUCAUAG